UAUAGUCUCGGUUAUCCUCCUUCUGUGUAGACCGUUAAAUAAUGUCAUCCACGUUCUCUACGGCUACAGCUAACCCCCUGACUACAAAAUACAAACAAUUGGGCUGAUUCAAGCAUCUACAGUCGCAAGUUUGCCAUGGCAACGGUUGUGAUGGAGCAGAUUGGCCGGCUGUUCAUCAACGCGCAGCAGCUGAGGCAGAUCCCCCAGCUGUUGGAGUCUGCCUUUCCCACACUGCCUUGCACCGUGAAGUUGUCCGAUGUCCCCAAAGUGUUCCAGGAGCGCCACAUCCACACUGGCUACAGGCAGACAGACCAGAGCUGGCGCUACUACUUCCUCACCCUCUUCCAGAGGCACAACGAGACCAUCAACGUGUGGACGCACCUUUUGGCAGCCCUCAUCAUCUUGGUGAAGUGGCAGGAGAUCUCUGAGACUGUGGACUUUCUGCGUGACCCUCAUGCCCAGCCCCUCUUCAUUGUGCUCCUGGCAGCUUUUACCUACCUCUCCUUCAGUGCCCUUGCUCAUCUCCUCUCUGCCAAAUCAGAGCUGUCCUACUACACCUUCUACUUCCUUGACUAUGUAGGGGUUGCAGUCUACCAGUAUGGGAGCGCUCUUGCGCACUACUAUUAUGUGGUAGAAAAAGAGUUGCACACCAUGGUGCGUGGCUUUUUUUUGCCUUCUGCAGCAUUUCUGGCAUGGCUUACCUGCUUUGGUUGCUGCUACGGGAAGUAUGCCGGUCCUGAGCUGCCCAAGUUCGCCCACAAGCUCUUCCAAGUAGUGCCGUCGGCCUUGGCCUACUGUUUGGACAUAAGCCCUGUGGUGCACCGCAUUUACAGCUGCUACAGAGAGGGCUGCUCCGACCCCAUGGUGGUGUACCACGUGUACCAUGUGAUCUUUUUCUUGAUCAGCGCCUACUUCUUCUGCUGCCCUCACCCAGAGAGCUUGUUCCCUGGGAAGUGCGACUUCAUUGGCCAGGGCCACCAGAUCUUUCACGUGUUUGUGGUUGUGUGCACCUUGAUGCAGAUCGAAGCCCUGCGAACAGACUUCACAGUGCGCCGGCCUCUGUACGAGCGACUCCACGGAGACUUGGCGCACGAUGCCGUGGCGCUCUUCAUCUUCACCACCUGCUGCUGUGCUCUUACGGCUUUUUAUGUGCGUAAGCGUGUACGGUCCUCACUCCACGACAAAGAGGAGUGAGGAUCCAUUCAUUUGACCUUAUAGUGACGGUUUUAAGAAUAUUGAAGUGUUUUUCUUGAUGAAAAUAAUCAGUGUGUGACAGUGAUUUCUGAAAUACGUGAUCUGCCAAACAACAGUGAUGAAGAAGUGAUUGACGAUAUGUUUUUGUGACUCACAGCAAGGAAAAGGGAAUCUGUAGCACUGUAUUGGUAGGUUUAUGCUUUCUUUACUCAAGUUUAUUCAGCAGUGUUGCUCUGCUGUGGUUGUGAGGGAAGGUUUUCCUCUGAUAUACCGAAAACUUUCAUCUUCUCCUAAAGAAAUCCAGACGUUUUCUCAAAACGCCUACUUUUUGUUUAAAAAUCUGACAGUGUAGCAUUUUAGCUUAUGCAUGCAUUUAUUUCUAAAUUAUGUCACUUAAGACUCUUUAUUUUUCACCUACCAGAAUUGAUUUGCAGCGACAAGUUUGAAGAGCUUUGAAACUAAAGCUUUUUUCAGGUUUACAAUGGUACCAUUCUGUUGAGAAUAACGGGUAAAAGAACAAAACAGUACCAUAGAUUGCUCUUUUUUCCACAAAGGGCUGAAACUUCAGCUUCUGUCUUUUCACAUCCCAUGAUCUCAGAACUUCGGAGUGCAUGUUUCGUCAAUGGUGGAUAAGAAUUGAGUCACAGGAGCUGAGUCUUAUGCUUUUUAGUGUUUUCAGUUUUUCUAUAAUGAAUAUUUAUGUGCCUCAACGCAUGUCCUUUUGGUAUAUACUGUGGAUGUUAAGUGUGUGAAUGUCUACGGAAGCUUAGCCUUGCACUUUGUUCUGACCCUGUAAAUAAGCUGUUUCCUCAGAAAGAUUUAUCUUGUUUUGUUGGCGCCUGGCUUUAUUCUUAGCCGUUUGUGCUUUUCAGGUCCUGGAGGAAUUGGCACGACUUUUAAUGGGUAUGAAUUCAUUAUGUGGUACUGUUACUAUGAGGAGGUGCUUCUUUGUUCUUUUUUUCCCCACAGUUUUUGUUGUGUGUGUGUUGUUGUUUUUUUUUUAGAAAAAUUGAAUUAUUUAAAAAUAUUGCUUAAAUUUUAGCUUAUAGUCUGAACUGGCCAUUACCUCACUCUCUGUUUAUGACGAUUGAUGUGCCAAUGAACCUGUUGUUUUUUGUUUCUUCAGUGAUGGUGCAGCUAAGAGGUGAAUGCAGACUGUCAGGUCAAUUUGAAUGUUGUUGGUCUAAAUGCAAGUGCGUGAACCGCAGCACUACUUCAAAGUUAUCUCAGACUCAUCCUCAUGCACUGCCUGGAUCAACACUGUUUAUGGAGGCUGGCAGCACUAGCUGUGUUUAAUGCACUGAAGCGAUAAUGUAAUUUUUGUUUGGAUCUGCUGAAUUGUGAUGCAGAGUAAAUCUGUAAUUCUGUUCAGAUGAGCGGUAAAGAGAAAUGUUCUCUUUUAGUUCUUUAACAUUGCUCGGUGCAUGCAGUUACAGUUUAAUGGUUUUGCUUUUUAGUUUUAAAGACAGAAAAAAGAUGUCUGUAAAACUCUCACCAGCUUAACCUGUACAGUAACAGAAGGUGUUGUCUCGGCCAUUAGACAAAAUAAAUCCAACAUGUUUUACUGCUAAAAUGGACACUUAGUCAUCGAUCACGUCACAUGGCUUUGAAGAACUGGAGGUUCUGGUCUGGAACGUACCUAGAACUCUGUAUGCGUGUGUUUGUGGGUUUGUGUGUUACUUCUGCCUCUAAUGUAAAAAAAAAAAUGGACUGUACUAAUAUUCCUUGUUAUUUAAGAAAAUAAAGUGUUGCUAUAACUUAAA